CUCUCCACCUCCAAGGAGCUAAUCAGUCAGGAGCAGGCGGAGUUGGGGUGGAGGAGAGGUGGGGAAGUGGAAGAGGGAACAGAGACACUGGCUGGCAAGGACACACUCUCCCAGAGGGAAGCUCCCCACAUCUGCAGCUGGGCUUACAACAGGAUGGAUGGAGCAAGUGAGCUGUGUGAGCGAUGAAAGCAAAAGCUGACAUGAAUUAUGUUGGGAAGACUUCUUGUGCCUUUGUUCUGCUCACCAUCGCUGUGGCCAUGGUACCAAUGGGUUCUCAGGCAAGAAAUUCCACCGGAUCUGAUACUGAGCCCAGCCAAGAAAACAAUUCAAGCGCUGAAAACAUCAGCGAGUCUAAAAUAGUAGCUGGUUCCAGCGUUAAUCUGACUUGUGGUGUCAUUUCAAGGGGGGAUCUGGUAGUAGUGACAUGGAAGAUAAGACCAAGGACUGGAAAUCACUGCACACUGGCAUACAGAACUGAUCAGAACAAGACAGACAGAACAAACUGCAGUGAGAGAAUGGAUUGGAAAUCUAGCCCUGAAACUGAUAGUGCGCUUCAGAUACGGCAAGUGACACUCACGGAUGAGGGAUGUUAUAUCUGUGAAGCGGUAACUAGUGGUGGAAAUUCGCAUCGAACCUACACUCUGACUGUAUUAGUCCCUCCUGAAGUGACCUUGACCUGUGACAGUAAUGGGACUGCUGUGUGCAAGGCAGCUGCAGGGAAACCAGCUGCACAGAUCUCUUGGGACCCAAAUGGAGAUCCCAGGACUGAGCUUGAAAAUCACACAGAUGGGAUAGUGACUGUGCUCAGUAUAUACAGCCCCAGAGAGACCAGUAUAACCUGCCUGGUGUCUCAUCCGGCUUGGAACACGAGCCAAUCCAAGGAAUGCCCAUCAGAAAAUCGUGGAAACAUGUUUCUUCAGUAUUUCGUCAUCUGUGCUGGUCUCCUGGUCAUCCUCUUCAUUCUGGCUUUAAUUUUCCUCUGUAAGCUCCACUGUGGCAGAGUUUGUUAUAAGUCCAAAAUCCCUGAGACUGCUCCCCCACACAACAUGCAGGAUAGUAAUGAACAGCAGGAGUUAGAGCCCUACGCCAGCUACGUGCAAAAGGAAAACGUGAUCUACAGCACAGCGUAUGAAGUAACAGUGAGUGAAGACCUUCCACCAGGGCUCCAGUCAGCAACGUGAGAAUCCAGCUGGGCCUGACUCACCACCUAUGUGAAGAAGGGGAACAGGUUGCAGGGAAGAUUAAUGAUACUGCAUUCCUUCCAAAAGAGGAUCUCCAUCACCAAACGCUUUCUUCAUGGGAAGCAAGGAUUUUGGGAAGCAAAGAUCUGCAUAGCCACUGGGUGCCUCCAAACAUAUCUGCUUGCUGAUCAAUUACUCUUGUUUCCUCUUUUCCUUUUUGUCAUCCCCUAUUCCCAUCCUGGGAAUUAGCACUGUGAAGGACAGAGUGACCUGUUGCCAUUGGUUUCGCCAUGGACAACUCUUGUGCUCACAGGUCCCCACUGACUGUCCUGACUUCAGUAAUCCAGACAUCUGACAUUCACUUUUGGGCAUUAGUUGUGUGUCACUUUGGGAGGGGGAGGAGGAUGGAAACACUCACUGACCAAGUCUACUGUAAUAAUAAGGGCAUUGGUUACAAGAAGAUAGAUCAGCUGGAAUGGGAGAUCAGCUGAUUAUCUCCUUAUCCUCCCAAUCCAGGGAAGAAACACUCUCUAUUGAGGAGGUCCAUUGUGUAGGAGGCUGGUUCACAGACCUGCUGAAUAACUUGUCAGGUCCCCCAUUGAACACAAAAUGUUUUCUAUAGUCUGUACUAAAUUACAAGUCAUUCUCAUGAGUCUUCCCCUGGUGGAAUCUCCUCCUUCAGGGAGCACAGGCAUUAACAUACUGAAAUAGCUUAAUGGUCCAGCCACUCCAUUAAUCUGUUUCUAAUUAAUCUAAUCCAAUGCCAAAUGUUUCAGGAAAAGAAGCAAAACACUGAUAAUGCAUCUACUGGGAUUGUGCAAUAAUGGACCAAGCCAGGAUAAUUUCUUCCUGAUCUCAGCUGGUACUCAGUUUGUCUUGAAGCAUAAGGUUUGCUGGCCCUUGUAAUAUUUAACUAAUGUUAAUUGCAGAGGGUGGUUUCAAUUAUAUGCUGAAUCCUUUCCUUGAAUCUUAUUAAGCUAUUUUUUCUAAGUAUAGUUGCAGCAGAAAGUUAAUUUACUUCAUAUAAAAAAAGAGUUUAUCCAUUUCAAACAUAUUAUCUUUUAAUUUCAUCAAAGGGUCUCUUGUCCAUGUGUUAUGGACAGAGGUAAAUAGGACAAGGCAGUUGUCCUCUCUAUCAGCAUUUCUCAACCUUAUUGGGUGGGUGAGCCCUUAUUUGAAGUAAAAAAAUUUCAUGAUCUCCAUACUUUACUAUAACGGUAAGAGUAAAAAAAAUGUAUUCAUGCUAA